GCUAUGAUGUCCCACACGCUUUCCUCGAUUUUUUAAGAUUGAUAAGGAUAGUCAAAAAUAUCGGAUUCAAAAUUGUUGUUUCUAGUAUGAUCAGUCCCAACAUGCGUAGAAGUUUGUUGACGUAGAGGUUAAGUUAAUUUUGUUGUGGAUUGUUUGGCACUUUAGCAGCAGAUAGUUUGUUGUUUUUUAUUGUUGGAGUGUUAUUUAGCAAUCCGUCCAUUAUGGUUUUGACGAAAGAGUAUAGAAUAUGUAUGCCACUCACGGUAGAAGAGUAUAAAAUUGGCCAGCUUUAUAUGAUUGCUCGUUACAGUCAUGAGCAGUCAGACUCUGGUGAAGGUGUGGAAGUUAUUGCAAACCAACCAUGUGAAGACCCUGUCCAUGGGAAAGGGCAGUUUACGGAGAAGCGAAUCCACCUGUCAAAUCGGCUUCCAUAUUGGGUUCAAGCGAUGAUACCCAAGGUAUUUUACAUUACUGAAAAGGCUUGGAACUACUAUCCUUACACAAUCUCAGAGUACACAUGCUCUUUCAUCCCAAAAUUGCACAUCCAGGUCACCACUCGAUAUGAGGACAACAAUGGAGCUACACACAAUUGCCACAAAUUAACUCCAGAGGAAUUGGCAGAAAGAGCGGUGGAUUUUGUGGACAUUGCUUAUGAUGAAAUCAGUGCCAAACACUACAAAGAGGAAGAGGAUGUGCGAUACUUCCAGUCUCAAAAAACAGGACGAGGUCCUCUAGUGGAGGGUUGGCGGAAUUCAUCUCAGCCAGUGAUGUGCUCGUACAAGUUGGUCAAAGCCUCCUUUGAAGUUUGGGGACUACAAACUAAAGUUGAGGAACUUAUUCACAAGUACACCCGGGAGGCACAAGUAUUAGCCCACAGGCAAGCUUUUGCUUGGAUUGACAGCUGGAUCAGCAUGACAUUAGAUGAAGUACGGGAAUAUGAAGCUGAAAUGCACAUGGAAACCAAUGCGAGAGUUGCACAGGCUGGCAUACUCUCACCCCGACGUCUCUCGCUCAAUCCCAUGGAUGACUCUGAUGACGGAGUGGAUGGUGUGCCUCAUGCAGCUAUCAUCUCAGCCUCGCCUACUCCAAAGUCGCCUGCUCCAAGCUCUCCGAGAGGACCCCAAACACCCACCAGCCCAUCUGCAGCACUCAAGUCAUGGUUCUCAUGGUCCUGAGUUUGCUGGCAUCCUGCAUGUGCACCUAUUUUGUUUGGCUCCACAUUACCCCUGAAGUGCAUAUUGUAUGCAUGUGUUCAUUUGCAGCUGGAGUAAAUCUUGUGACAAGUUAUACCUCUCUUUUCAUAAUUGUUGUAUAUUUUCAAUGUGACAGUGUAAUUCUUUUGAAUAAGAAUUAGCUAUGAAUAAUUUAUUUUGCUUUUGAUCUUGGAUUCUGAAUUAAGUUUUGGAGUUGGGCUGUGAAUGUAGAUAAAUGCAGGAAUGUUUUUCCUGUUACUUUCUUGUCUAAUGCAAUGCAUGUAGACAGCAUUACAUGUUUUGCAUGUGCCUGUAUUAGAUCUUAAAGUACCUAUCAACUUGUCUUCAUAUUCAGAGUUAGGAUAGGUAGCUUUAUUUUUCCUUUGUGAUCUUUUUAGGUAGAAAAAUCUACAUCUGAAAAUGCAAUAAUGAACUGGUUCUCGUGUACAACCAAGUCUGUGAAAGUCUUUCCAUAUGAUGGAGAGGCUAGAUGAAAUCGGACUGUCUUAGUAUAUAUUUUUGAAGCAAGUGAAGCAUUUCAGCUUUUAUUCUUUAUAAAAGAGAAAAUGUUGAUAUUAUCAUUGGUGGUGCUCAAUAGGAAGUGUACUGUAAUUACCUGCAUAUUUUCUGUUGAUUCAAUCCUCUUUUGAGGACGCUAAAAAAAAAUAGGCUCAACUCAUCACCACAUCCUAACUUCGCUACACUGAAGUACAACUUUCUUUAUCCUCCACAGCUUUAUGACGAUAAUUACGGUACCGUAGGUUAUCCAUUUGAUAGUUUUUUCUAUCUCUGAAAUUUAGCUUGUAGAAACAUAUCCAUUUUCCAUUCCUUGUGUAAAAAUUUACGGCAGCAGUUGUAACUGUGUCCUUUCCUUGUACUGGAGCUAAUGCAUAAUUCCAAUUCUCAACCCAUUUUGAACUUAAACAUAUUUUAAAACGUCUUAAACAUGACUUAUGUAUUGUGUCAUUGUUUGAAAGAGUGCAUGAUGAUAUUUUAACCACCUAUUUUAGUUUCAAAAUUACCUUUUGAAAUGGAGUUAGAAUUUUUUAUAUUUUAAGUAAGGUAAUGAUAUUUUUUGUCUUGAUGUUUUGUUGUAACUAAUUUCUGCCCUGCCUCUUCCAGAUGCUUUGUUUUCAUGGCUUUUAUCACAACUCGGGUAGAGUUUUCAAAUUACUAAACCAUGAUAGUCAAUUGUUUCAGUCUAGUCUUUGGUUGUGACACUAUGCCCCUUUCAGUUUUCUACUGCUGUAUAUUUAAGGAGUUAAAUGGUUUCAUUCUGAGACCAUUAUUUAUCAAAGUUUUUUCAAGGCACCACAAAUUUAUCAGAAAGGAAACAACCCACUUUUAUUGCUUCCCUCGCGUUAAUCUGUCUGAUGCUGACAUCACACGCUUUGUUUUUGCUUCCAUUCGAUUUUUAGACCAAAGCAACCCUGUUCCUAUUGUGUAUUUAUUUUUUCAUAAUAAUAGGUUAGCUUGAGUUGUAAACAGUGUUUGCUGCUGCAUUGUGAUACUGUGGUAUAACAAGUGAUAUCAGUGUAUUAAUAACCAGUAUUUUAUUUCCUUCAAGAAUA